UAACAUUUCCGGUAACUCGUCUUCCUCUACCCGAGCGGUUCGCUCCCCUUAUCAUCUGUUGCACGUAUCCAGCACAAAUGAUAAAAGACAAGAGCACACGGGAGGUUGGUUCGAAGUUCACCGACACAGCGACAAAGUCCUGCCAGCAGCUGAAGAAUCAAGAUGACAGAAGAGUGUGGCUCAGAACAUGGAUGUCAAUUCAAGACAACACAUGACACACCAAACAUGACACAUGAGAAAGAACUUUUCAUAAAGACUCCUGUCAUUCGCAGCUUGUCAAUUUCAGAACUUGUGGGCCAUGAUGUCUUUCUAAAACUUGAAAAUCUGCAGCCAUCUGGUUCCUUCAAAAUUCGGGGCAUCUCCAAUAUGUGUCAAAAAGCUGUUAAAGACCGCCAGUGCACACACAUCUACUGUGCAUCUGGAGGCAAUGCUGGUUUUGCCACAGCCUACGUUUGCCAACAGCUGGGGGUACCGUGUACCAUAGUACUGCCAAAGAGUACACCAAGUUUUGCUGCAGAUAAACUAAGGCAAUUGGGCGCAGAGGUGGAAGUUUAUGGGCAAGUAUGGAACCAUGCCAAUGAGUAUGCUAUUGAGCAAAGCAAAAAGCCAGGCUGUGAAUACAUACCUCCUUUUGACCACCCUGAUCUAUGGGAGGGCCAUGAGAGUAUCAUAACAGAAUCUGCUGCACAACUACCACAAAAACCAGAUGUGGUGAUAACCAGUGUUGGAGGUGGUGGAUUGUUGAAUGGAGUUCUGCAGGGUAUGAGCAGGGUGGGCUGGGAGGAUGUUCCAGUCCUGGCCAUGGAAACGGUUGGUGCAGACUGCUUCAACGAGUCUGUAAAGGCUGGAAAGAUUGUUACCAUCCCAGACAUUACAAGUGUGGCCAAGUGUUUGGGAUCUUUAGUUGUCAGCCAGAAGACAUUUGAGUACUACACCAGUGGCAGGUACAUCAUAUUGUCAGAGUUGGUGACAGACAGAGAAGCCGUCAGCGCCUGUUUAAAAUUCGCAGAUGAUCAUCGGUUCUUAGUGGAACCAGCCUGUGGAGCUGCAUUAGCUGGGGUCUACUCAGGGGUAAUCAAGAGACUUCAGGAGACCGGCAGAUUACCUCCCUCUAUCCGAACAGCCUUGGUCAUUGUGUGUGGAGGAGCGGUUAUCUCCCUUGACCUUCUGCAGCAGUGGAAGAGCCAGUUCAGUUUAUAGUACAACGGCAGUAUGGCAUGAUGGCUAAUGUUUAAUAUGCCAUGUCAUUAACAAAAAUAACUGCAGUAUGGCACGAUGAAUCAAAUUUUAUGAUGUCAUGUCAUUUAAAAAAAAUUAACAUUGAAAUGAAUCCACCCCAAUCCUUGUACAUAUAUAGACAAUUUCUCUUUUUGCAAAAUAUAUAUAUAUGUUAGCAUAGACAUUGAAAAUGUAUUCUGCUGUAUUUGCAGCAGCUACAAAACCUGGUGUCUUGUUCUACAACUUUAAUAAUCAAUUGAAUAUUUUUCAUUAUUCAUUCAUAAUUAUGCUAGAGUUUUCGUAAAGAUGGCUGACUCAAUAAGCAGACUGCUUUUUCCUGUCAUUUCCCUUGGCUGUUUUGUGAAAAUAAUAUUUUCUGCAGCUUGCAAAAGUAAUAAAUACCUAAUUUUUUUGUU